UGUAAUCUGGGAUUACAGGCUUACACCACCACCCAUGAUUCAUGCAGGCAGAGCUCAGGUGUGCUAGGUGAGCACCCUACCAGAUGAGUUACAUCUUCAGCUUUAAGUUUUAUUUUUCCGACUACUUGAGACAGGUUCUUGGUACUUAUCCCGGGCUUCCAAGUCUCAGUAAUUCUCUUUCCUAGGCCCCUGGAGUCUUGAGAAACCACGCCCCUCUGAAAAGGAGGGGAAAGUGCCGAAAGGGCACAGACCUGCUGUGCAGACACACAAAGCUGUAACACACAAAGAUCGCAACCAGAACAGACCCAUGACGGGCCGAUGGUAGUGACGUGGGGUCACCCUGAGUCAGGCGUGCAGCAGACCAAGGUCUCUUAAGAGUUCCGGAGUGGGCGGGACGCUGCGCAGCACCGCCUCCCCGUCAGUGGUGAGGGCUGGGCCUCCGAAUCGGUUGCUGGUCCUAUGGGCGGGGCCUUACGCCGCACCUCCUCCUAGCCGGUACCUGGUGGGCGGGGCCUUGCGUUGCACCUCCUCCUCCCUGGCGCCUGGGCGGGUAGCUCGCCUUGGCCGCGAUAUGGCUGCGCUGGUGGAGCCGCUGGGGCUGGAGCGGGACGUGUCCCGGGCUGUGGAGCUGCUGGAGCGGCUGCAGCGCAGCGGAGAGCUGCCCCCGCAGAAGCUGCAGGCCCUGCAGCGGGUCCUGCAGAGCCGCUUCUGCUCUGCCAUCCGCGAGGUGUAUGAGCAGCUCUAUGACACGCUGGACAUAACUGGCAGCGCCGAGGUGCGGGCUCACGCCACCGCCAAGGCCACAGUGGCUGCGUUCACAGCCAGCGAGGGCCAUGCACAUCCCAGGGUGGUGGAACUACCGAAGACCGACGAGGGUUUGGGCUUCAACAUUAUGGGCGGCAAAGAGCAGAACUCACCCAUCUAUAUCUCUCGAGUUAUCCCCGGAGGUGUGGCUGAUCGCCAUGGUGGCCUCAAGCGGGGAGACCAGCUGCUGUCUGUGAAUGGUGUGAGUGUGGAAGGUGAACACCACGAAAAGGCGGUGGAACUCCUGAAGGCCGCCCAGGGCUCAGUGAAACUGGUGGUGCGCUACACACCUCGGGUGCUGGAGGAGAUGGAAGCUCGCUUUGAGAAGAUGCGCUCUGCGCGUAGGCGCCAGCAGCACCACAGCUACUCGUGAGCCUGCAGCCAUCACCCUCCCCCUGCUGUCCCCAACCUCCCAAACCAGGUCCUUGGAGUCUCGAGGCUGAAAUCACAGAGCAGGACCCUCUUCCCCUGUACAGUACUAUUUAUUGUCACUGGCUCCUUAUUUAAAGAUCUUUAACCCUCA